CGUCUACCGUCCACGCCCCACUUCUUCUGGCACGCGCACGCGUCUUCACGCCCCGCCCGAAAAGCGCAACGCGCAGAUCCCCUAUACGCGAUACCCCAAUCGAAGAAGAGAGGAAAAAGAAAGCGAGCUCUGCGGCGGAGCCAUGUCCGGGGCCGGGGAGUACCAGGAGAUGGCCGCGUCGGUGCCGCCGGCGCUCAAGGCCAUCACGCUCACCCACGUCCGCUACCACCGGGGCGACAGGGUUGGCCUCUUCCUCGCGUGGGUCUCCCUAAUCCCCGUCUUCAUCAGCCUCGGCGGCUUCAUCUCCCACUUCAUGUUCCGCCGCGAGCUGCAGGGCAUCUGCUUCGCCUUGGGGCUCCUCGUCUCGCAGGUCCUCAACGAGCUCAUCAAGCACUCCGUCGCGCAGUCCCGCCCGGCCUCGUGCGAGCUGCUCGAGACCUGCGACUCCCACGGGUGGCCGUCCAGCCACGCGCAGUACACCUUCUUCUUCGCCACCUACCUCUCGCUCUUCGUGCUCCGGCGGUCGCCGGCGAGCCGCGUCAUGGCCGCCUUCUCAUGGCCUCUCGCGUUCCUCACCAUGCUCUCCAGGGUGUAUCUCGGCUACCACACCGUCCCGCAGGUUUUCGCGGGAGCAGUAGUCGGCCUUGUAUUUGGUGCUAUCUGGUACUGGUUCGCCAACACCAUUCUUGCUCAAUACUUCCCAAUGAUUGAGGAGAGCGCAAUUGGGAGGUGGUUUUAUAUCAAGGAUACUUCACAUAUUCAAGAUGUGCUCAAGUUUGAGUAUGAUAAUGCAAGGGUAGCAAGGAAGAAAGUUGCUACUGAUUGAGGAUGAGAUAAAAUCACCUGACCUACUCACAUUAUCUGCAAAGUUCAAAAAGGCACUAGGCAUAAAUUGUUCGUUUUGGGACCUACUUGCGCCUAGCAGUGAGGGUUUUAUAUCAGUACAGCACCAGCAGUGAGCAGCAGCAAAAUAGCAGCACCAACAGCAAACCAAGACAAAAGAGGAGAGGGAGGCACCGAGGCAGAUAGCUCAAAGGGGGAGACGGGGAGGGCUCACGGGGUUUGCCUGCCUGAAAAGAAGAAGAGCACGAGGAGGGGCGCGAGAUCCGUGGCGGGCAAGGUCGGCGUCCAGCAGCCGGCGGCGUGAGGAGGGUGCGAGACGAAGGAGUUCCGACCGAGGCGAGGACGAGCUUCAGAUCUGUGGCGGCGCGAGGAAGGCCCGGCGACGCAAGGAGAGGAGAGCCAAGGUUAACCCUAGACGAGCCAUAAUUUUGGGCUUUUGGCUCUCGUCCCGCGCCUGCCUGCCUCGCCUUCUAAUUCCUGCUGACCCCCUUCCUGCCGUUCUGCGCCAUUACACGUGAUUUCUGGCAUUCCACGCGCCUAAUCGUGCUUCAGCAGGAAAGGUGCUCAGCCUAGUCAUGCGUUUCUGAGCGCACAUGGCCAAAGCGAGGCGUUAUGCCAGCACCUUGUGCGUAGGCAUGCAUAAGCGCAUGAUUAAUAGCGCCUUUUUGAACUUUGAUUAUCUGUCAAACCGUUGCUUAUGUUCUUA